UGCCUGCCUUAUCAUCUAAAGAUUCGAUUUUUAUGGCUUUUCUUUUUUCUGAUGCUUAUCCCCCCAUCCCUUGUGUUACUUUGAUCUUUAAUCACUUCUCUUUCUAUUUUUCUGGGGCAUAAAUUUACUUGUUCUUCUCUAUCCUUGUUGGGUUGCUGUGGAUUUUGGCUUUCUUUAAGGGUCUGAGAGUUCAGUAGAAUUAUGGGCUUGUCAUGUGUUCUUCUAGUGUUUGAUGAUGGGACUGUGUGAUAAUUUGCUUUGUGGUCCAAUAAUUAUACUCUUAAUAGUGUUAUUUAAUUGGGAUGGCAUGAUUGAAAAGUUUGUUUUCAUAUUGAAAUGCACAAGUUUUCUUUAUUGGAACUAAUUCAUUUUUUUUCUUUUGCAUUUUCGGUAUCCUAAAAGGACGUACUACCUUCUGAUAAUAUAGCUUAAUUUCUUGUAUUAGCUUCCCCAAGAUGCAGGAUAGUUUUCAUUUCCAGUUUGUUGUGCCUUGAAUUUAUCCUAUCAGUUGAUGGUGUGCUAGUAGUUCUUUUAGUUUCACUUAUGGGAUCAUAAUUCAUGAGUGGGCGAUCGAUUUGGUGUCCUUGAACUAAUAUUUUCCUGUUUUUGAAAGCAAAGUGAAAACUCUAGGUCUCUCAGAAGCAUUAUACUGCCGAUUACUGAUAAGAGCAAUGCCUGUUAUGGAGAUUUUCUGCUAUUUUCCUUUGUCAUAUGUGAUCAAAUAUAAGCACACUUUCAGGGUUUGUUGCUUCGUGGAAAAGGAAUCAGGUUACCUUCAAUUGAUAGUGGUUGAGAAGAAUCUAGUAGUGAAACAUGAGUGCUCUGGUUGGACAAAGUCUACACAUUACUGCCUAUUUUUUUGGGAAAGUAGAGAGCAUCUUUUAGUUGUUCGUCUGGAAAAAGUUGUUCAUGCAUAGGGUGAAAUAGAAGUUUUCAUGCGUAUAAUCUGAUUGUACCAUUCACUAUAAGUUGAGUGCUCAAAGAGUUGGUCUUGGAUCUUGCAUGUCACUAGCAAGCUAAAGUCAGUAGAAAAUAAGACAGAAGAGAACAAAUUUAGGUUUUAUUUUCUAUCCAAAUCAAGUCCUUUGACUCUCUAAGAGGGGCACGACAUGGAGAAAAGUGAGUGACUAUGCUAUUCUUUAUCUUCUAUGAUACUCAGUAUAAUCAAGAAAACGAAAAAUGACAUUGUUGUAAAUCAAUAUUUUCUUGCUUAUCGCAGCUCAAACUAGUUGAAAAGAAGAUACCUGAAACUCCAAAGACGAAUAUUUGAAUUCUAGUAAAGUGGUGAAGCAAUAGUCCAUCAGCUUUAGCAGCUAGCUCGAUUUUUUCUGAUUCAGAUAGACUGGAGUAACUUUGCUUUGCAUGAUCAUGACACUCUCCAAAUUAGAAUCUGAAACCGAGUCUGAAAUCAACAGUCAAGUGGCAUCCAAUGUAUCCUUGCAAGAACCAUCCUCUGAUCCUUCCAAGGAUAGCAGCACCCCGUCUUCCUCUCACACAGGUCUUCCUAAGCUUCAACAAGGUCCGACGUCUGUUUCCCUUGACCUAUCACUUACUUUUAACUCCAACGACAUUGAAUUGAAAGGCACAGGUGAGACUAGCAGUGAAGUAGCUGCCCCUGCUUCAGCUGCAACCGUCCCCAGAGUUUUCUCUUGCAACUAUUGCAGACGCAAAUUUUACAGCUCACAGGCACUCGGAGGACACCAAAAUGCACAUAAGAGAGAACGAACAAUGGCAAAGCGUGCAAUGCGUAUGGGAAUAUUUUCAGAUAGGUAUACCAGCUUGGCAUCCCUGCCACUUCAUGGUUCUACAUUUAGGUCCCUUGGGAUCAAAGCUCAUUCAGCAGUGCAUCAGAAUAUGUUACCAUCACAAAAGCCUCCUGAUGCAAGAGGUGGAGCUAGAUUCGAGCAAGGCUAUUAUGGGACACCGGUAUUCAUGGAAGAUGAUGAUGUUGGUUUGCACUGGCCUGGAAGUUUUAGGCAGGUGGAUGAAUCAGGUGGUAACUUCAACUUAGUUUUGGGUCAGAGCCCGAAUAUGAAUAUUGUAGGAAUGGCACCACAGCCGAGGACAGAUUCAUCUGCACCAGAUCUUACCUUGAAGCUCUGAAUUUUGUAACUUCUUUCUUUUGAAUUAAUGAUUUAGAUGUGCUACUCAUGAUAGUCUUUGCUUUGUACAGUGAGAUAUGCAUUGGCAACAGGCUGAGAGUAAUUUCCCACUAGAACAUUUAAUUCUUAUUUGUACUUGGCAUCACUGAGUAAUGUUGUUGUGCAAGAGAUUCUAAAGGCUUAAAUUAAACUCAAUGUCUUGCAUUAAUGUUUA